AUGGAGGUCGCGCAACUUCCCGUCCUUCAUGUCGAAGCUCGUAUCAAGAGCAGCCGAGAUGGAAUCAUUGUCCGAACCGAUCUGAUCAGAGAUGAAAUCACCAAGUGGAUUGUCGACAGAUUUGUGGUUCUGUCUCUAGGCCAGGAGAUCAAUUUUUUCGGUAGGCUGCAUGGACCUGUUGAUUCCUAUGAUAUAACCAUUGACUGUUUCGCAGAAGGGCUGAAAGAGCCACACGCACAAGCGAUAGAGUCCAUCAUUGUUACAGAGUGUGUUGGAGGAAACAUAGAGUCCGGGGCUUACCGACUUCCGCAGGUGGAACUAGAUGUUCAGGCAUAUCAGCUUCGCACAGCAUCUGAACAAGAAGGUUCUCAACCCACCCAGCAACUGGAAGAGUCAACAGAUGCAGAAGAGGACUCGACAAAAGGAAGAGUGCUUAUGUUACCGAACAAGGAACUGGAUGGGCUUUGGGAGUCUCUCGUUCUCUUCGCGCAGCCUAAACAGAUGGACCAUCAACUGGAACAGACUAAUUCUUCUAUGGGGCCCUCCGGGGACAGGAAAGACCAGUCUAUGUCUAGCCGUGGUCUCUCGCAGAAGCUUGCAAUCCGGCUGGGGAAGCACUAUCCCAAGAGCAAAUUGAUCGAGAUCAACGCCCCCGCCCUCGCAAGUAAAUUCUUCGGGGAAAGUAGCAAAUUGGUCGCCAAAGCUUUCGAGAAUACUGAGGCCCUAUUGGAGGAAGAGGACGACACCUUUGUCUGUGUUUUCGUGGAUGAAGUCGAAACAUUGGCUGCGCCGCGAGACCGAGCCCUGAGUGGGAAUGAACCAUUCGACGCUGUCCGUGCUGUUAAUGCACUCCUCACUGGGCUGGACCGACUACGAUGUCAUUCCAAUGUUGUCACUCUCUGCACCAGCAAUAUCGUCACGGCAUUAGACCAAGCUUUUCUCGAUCGCGUCGAUAUCAAGCAGUACAUACCACACCUAUCCAACCGAGCGAUUUACGGGAUCUAUAAAGAAUGUCUGGAGGAAUUGAGUCGACACGGAAUCAUUAGAGGUGUUACAUUUGAUGUGGUCCAGGUUGAUCCGACGGAUCCUCAGACAGCGCUACAGUAUGUGGAACAAUGCGCAGAAUCCCUCGAGCUCCCGACCUUCGAAGAGAUGCAUCUCAACUAUCAAACCUUUCCCCACGCAGUUCCUAGACAGCUUGCGGAUGUUGCUUUGGACAGUGUGGUACGUAUUUGUACCCGGUAG